AUCCGAGCUCAGGGAGGGUAUAAAAGAGCCCUCCCCUGCACCGCAGCAUCACUGCUCCUCCUGCUCCAUCCCGUGCAGCACUGCCCGUAGACAUCAGCCCCAGCAAGAUGAAAACCGACCUGGAGCUCGCCUUGGAGUGCGCCAUCAACAUCUACCACCAGUACGCCAUCAAGAACCCCAUCGAUGACUACCUGGACAAGCCGGAGUUCUCCCAGCUGCUGACGGAGACUGCCAAGCCCUUCCUCCAGAACACCAAACCGCCCAACGUGUCCAUUGAUGAGUACAUCAGCAACCUCUUUGCCAAAGCAGACCGCAACCACGACGGUCGCCUCAAGUUCACCGAGUUCCUGACCACGCUGAAUCUUGUCGUCAUUGAUGCCCACAAUAGGUCCCAUGGGAGACACGACCACCAUCACGGUGCCGGCCAUGGCCAUGACCACGGGCAUGAUCAUGGCCAUGACCACGGCCACGGUCCCAGAAAGUGAAGUGCUUCCUAUGUCUGAGCCCAUGGGAUUAUGCUUUUCCAGCAGCAUUAUCCCUUCCAUUUGCCCUCCAGCACAGGCAAACCUGUAACCAAAGCUUUAUCGUUUGCUUCUACCUAUGUCAUUGAAAUAAAAUGUCUUUCUUCAAGCACCAAA